GUGAAUAUGAAAAUUAGUUGUUGCCAAACAAACCAGAUAUGCACAUUGUAUGUGAAGGCUGAAGAUUGCAGGGGUUUCCAAAUCAGAUCAUUAUAAAUUUAACAUGAUUUUGAUGCAAAUGAAAAUCAAGUUUAAAUGCGAAGAGAGUGCCUGUCCAAACCAAGAAACUAAAGAUGCCUAACUCCAACAAUAACAGUCGUGAUAGAUUGUUUAACAAUCAGCAAUCACCAGGUAUUAACCAAGCUUUAGAUCCCAGUCAGCGUUUGUCACAUCCCAAACCUCAACCAGUACCAGAGAAUCCCACCCAGAAACCAUCACAAAAUAAUAAAGGAAAGCCAAAUGAAGAGAGAAACCAAACCAUGUCUGAAAAAAACACUGAUACAGACGAAAGUAAAAAAAAGAAAGAAGAAGAAACAAGAGAACUUGAUGAAUCUGAAGUUUUGAAUGUUGAGUUGACAACCAUGGAGAAUUUCCAGAAGCAACAGAAAAUGAUUGAAGAAGCCAACAAACAGAAGAAAGCUCUUUUAUCAAAGACCCUUGAUGAAAGGAGAAAAAAGGCUAAAGCUGAAUCUGUCAAGUUGACUAAAAUACAGAAAGAAUUAAAUCAUCUAGAUCAUCUGUUAACAGCUGAUGUUAGUGUCAUCAGAGAUAAAAUAGAAAUGGCUAGUCUUGAAUAUCUAGAUGCACAAAAACGCUAUGAUAAAGCUGAAAAAGAAGUUAUAUCGGCUAAAAUGAAUUUGUUUGAAAAGGGUGAACUCAAGGAAAGAUUGACAGAACAUCUUUAUACAAUAAUUCAUCAGAACGAAGUUAGGAAAGCCAAGAAAUUAGCGGAACUUAUGGAAAUAUUAGAAAUGGAAAUAUCUGCGGAAGAAAUGGAACUUCAAGUCACGUCCAUUCCAACUUUAACAAACUUCAACUCAGUUCAUACUUUAACAAGUCCAACUCGAAAACAUUCUGAAUCCGAAAUAAACCAUGAAUCUCCAGAUGGUGCAUUGAAAUCUGUUACUACAAACACCGAACAAAAUACAUCUCCUACAGGCAAGGAAGAUAACUCUCCCUCCAAUCCAGACACACAACAUGUCAUAAGUAAAUCAUCUCAAUCAUCCAGUGAUCAAAAUAAAUCCAACGAAGAAGGAACGUCUCCAACAAACGGGUCAACCUCAGAACAAAAACCUGAUCACAAUAUUGAGAAGGAUAAGUGUAAUAAUAAUAUUGAUAAGACUAAUUCAGUGGUUAAUGGAACAGACACAUCCAAUACACUAGCUAAAAUUACAAAAUCUCCAAUCCUGUCACAACCCAUCUCUUAAUUAUUUUUUUUUAGAUACUUUUUAAUGAAUCAUUUUAUACAGCAUUUCAGAAGAGAUAAAAUUCCCUUUAAAAUGUUGUAUUGAAAAAUAUUCCAUGUGAAAUAUUAACAUUUUACCAUGGCCUAUUUUAAAAUGACAUUUUUCAUCAUCCAAAUUAUUGUUAAAAUUAUGAUUAAAAUCUCAGAUCAGGAUCAACUUUUUAUGUUAUCUAAUUGUCGUUGUCAAAAUCCACAUUUGUUUUUCCGAGGUUGCAAUAUCUUGGUUUCCAUAUCAACGCUAGUAUAACUAGUUGUUAUAAAAUUUGUCCCUGGUUGGUGCUUGAAAUCUUUAUACCACUAGGUGAAAUCAUGUUGCAAAAAGGUUAUCUCUGAAAUGCUGUAUUGAAUAUGUAUAAAGUCAGUGAAAUCUGGCUUAUUAAUGUGGGUAUUGUAUUUUUAUCACCAUGGUGUUCACUUUAUCAUUGUCAUGUAGUGGGUUAUAGGUCAUUUUUCACGAAUAUCACAUUGUCAUCCAAGGGAAAUAACCACAAAUACUUUAUUGUUACUACGUUAAUAACCAUAUCAUUGCAAGUGCCAAGUGAUAUAAGGUAAAUUGCUUCAAUGGCAUUUAGUAUUUGAACUUGACCUUGAAAUAUACAGGUCACAAUUCUAUGGAAUACAAUUACUGCUUAUCACUGAAUAACAUUUCUACUAUGGUUUAUCAAGGAAUGAUAUAAGGGGGGGGGGUUUUCAAUUUUCAGUCCGGAACGUCCCAAACCGACAUAAUUACAAUCGAGUGACGCCGAAUUCAGUCUUGUCACAGUCCUGAUAAAUAUUAUGUUUCAGCUUUCAUGGUUGAUUGAGAUAUUAUCUUAUGCAGUCGUUGGCUGUGUUGUAGCCCAAAAUCACCCUUUUCACUCGAUUGUGAGUACUUAUAGGAUUGAGAGUUUCGGAGUGUUCAAACAAGCAUCCCCUUAGUAUGUUGGGGUUGUCUCUAGGAUAACAUGUCACAACUUAAAGGGAUUUAGUCAGACUCAGGGGCAGUCAAUAUCAGGUCUAUGUAUUAAAUGUGAAACAGAAUUUUGCUCUUACUAUACAACUGUAGCAUGUACCUUCAAAAGAUUAAAUUACGACAAAUGGAGUUGGAAACAUUAUUAACCUUUGUCACUGACAUUUGGUUGCAUUCGUUGUUUUUUUGAAUAUUAGAUCAUUAUGCAAUAUGCCACAAGGAAUGGUCCAAUGUAGUGCUUGUGCCAAAUGUUGGCCACAUCUGUUAUAGAAUGACAUGGUUGUUGUAAUGCUAAACUCACAGGGACACAAACUGUCUGUUCAAAUAUCAUAUGUGACUUGUGAUAGAAAAAUGAGCCGGAAGUCCUGAGUCUUUUACGAUAUGAACAAUAUUAAAAUAGGCUAAAAUAUAUUUUUAAUGAUAUAACUCGAAAGGUAUAAGUUAAGAUUUGACAAUUAAAGCAAACUAAAAAUUUUUUAUAAUUUUAGCCAAUUUGAUAAUUUUGUUUGUGUGAUUUGCGACUCAUUUUGCCGUCACAGGUUACAUAUUGUAUAAUGAUGUUCGUAUCACAUUGUUCUGUUAAUUCCGUCCAGGUAUAUAUUAUAAUAGAAAGAUAUAAAAUUGUAAAUAAUGUGGGAUUUAUUUUAUUAAAAUAUUAUAAAAUGUUUAAUUGUUCACAUACAACUGACUAAUGUAUUAUUAUUUUUAUAGCUGUGUGUUAAACCUUGCUCUCUAAUUUUGAAAACAGAUCAUAUCAGUGACCUGGACAGUCAAUAAUUCUACUCAGGGCUCUUUGCCAGUUUUGACUGAUUGGCAGUCCAUUUGGCCUUUGGAGAACUUAGCUCUCUAUCAAUCCACACACAGUGAAAUUAGAAUUUCAAACAAUUAUACUUGACAAUUUUGAAAAAAAUAUUUUCCUAAUCUGAGCUAGACAAAAUGUGUCAAAAAUUGAUUAGUGUAAGUGAAAGUAAUUUGUUGACAAUAAGGUCUUAUUAUUGAGAAUUAUCAAAUCAUAAACCUCUCCUACUGUCUGUCUUAACUUAGAGUAAUAAUUCAGACAUGUUUGAAAUUACCAGAAUCAUGUCCUGGGUUAUAUACUGGCCCCGUGUUCACAAAGCAUUCUCGGACUUAAGUUGGUAAUUUACUCAAACUUGUUUGCCUUAUUUUAACUAAAAUAUAGCCCUUUAUAAAACUUUUGUUGUUUUGAUGUAUCAGAUAUAUCAAUAAGAAACUAUGAGCAAAGUUUUGUGUUUCUGCAUCAAAGAUAUUUCUCAUAAACAGUUGUUGAAAGUUGAGCAAAUUCUCAACUUAAGUCUGAGAAUGCUUUGUGAACUCGGGGCCUGGUAAUCACAACAACCCAGAUUUACUGACCUUAUCUGUUUUUUGAAAUUAGAGAGUUCCUCUUAUUAUUUAUUUUAUUAAAGAUGCAAUAUUUUAUAAUGGUCUAGUAUACAUAUAUUUUGUAAAAAUAUAAAAUUGAUAGUUUAUAAGGUAUACAUAUAAAGGCCUUGUAGAUUGACAGGAGCCGAACUAUGUAAUUUCUCACAAUGAAAUUAAGAAAAUAAUGUCUAAAGUAUUUUAUCUCUUCACUAUUAACUGUUUAUUUUUUAAAGUUUGAUGCUUCAUCUGUAAUGGCUUUGUUUCAGCAAAGAAAUGGCAUGGAGUAUAAUGUUUUGUCAUUCACAAUUGUUUAGUCAUUUUGUGACAAAUUUAUGGUAAUUUAAUUUAUGUUUAUUGUUACAUGUGCAAUGGGAGGCAGAAGAAUUUUGUCUGGACAUUGGCAUUUCGGCCUACUCUUAAUCGAUUUUCAACUGUCAAGGGUUCUUUUAUGUGCACUUGAAUGUGUACAUGAGCGACCUCUGAUGGUUCAUCUAGAACCUAGUACAUUCUCGUUGCCAGUCCACUACCCUGACUGUUGGUCUAAAAAUGAUCAGUGAGAGGGACAACAUCGAGAGGAGUGAAUUAAUUGUUUUAAAUUAUUAAGGAAAUAAAAUAAAGGUGUUUCACAAUGAGUAAAAGGCACCAAUUCUGUCUGGACUAGUUUGUGUUACUACGUCCAAUUCCAAUGUAAACAAUGCAUGUGUUAUCGACUACUCAUGAUGUGAUGUCACAUGUAGACCUAUAUGGUCAAAGAACACACUAUUUAUAGAUAACAAUUCCUAAGGUUUAUUUCACUGCGACAUUUCAACAAGAUUUCACAAGUUGUUAUCAAGCAUAUAACACAAACGACUUAUAACAACUUAUGAAAUCUUGUUGAAAUGUCACAGUGAAACAAACCUUGGUAAUUGUUAUCCAUAAAUAGUGUGUUAUUUGAUUAUGUUCCAAUUACUAAAUGCCAUUCAAAGAAUAGACCUAUAUGGCACAUUAACUUAAAGGUCGGUCAUUUUGUAUAAAGUUAAAAGAAGGCUUUCACAUUACCUCCGUGAAACAGAUUGCAUUUGUCUAUCAAACCUCCUCUUGACAAUAGAGUCUAAGUUAAUGAAGACAUUUGUGGUGUAAAAGCCUUCAAACAUUAAUGUAGUUUUCUUAUAUGAUUGUGCCAAAAAAUCAAGUAUUUUCCUUUCUGUAUCAAAAUGGUACGUGUACUUAAACUUAAUUUAUUCUUUUUGUCAGCUGUAAUAGUUGUUAAGUUUUGGUGGAAGACAACAUUGUUUUCAAUUUGAUUAAAUUAUCUAUGGCAAUUUGUUUGUGUGUUUCAGUCUAUAGCCUCUGACAUCUAGGUUAUGGUCAAAACUUUAGACUCCUACAUCAGGGUUAUAUUUACGUUUUAAAACAUUUACAAAAUGUCUGAAUCUACAUACUAGUACAUACAUCUGUGUGUUCCUCUUGAUCUAGUUUCUAUGUGUCAUUAAGAAAUUGUCAUUUUACUGCUAAAUUCUAUUUGCCAUUAUUAGAUUGUAACUUUACUUCUGAAUUCUAGAUGCUAAAAAAAACAACUUACACUAUUUUGUAUGGUAUAUACUGCUGUUGUUUUAUGUAUGGUAUUAUAUACUGCAGUUGUUUUAUCCAUAUACAGUAUCUAUGCAACUGCGAAAUCAACAAUCUACAACAUUUAUUAACUGUUAUGUUUUUGUAAAAUAAAAAAUAUAUGUGGGAUAUUUCAGUGAUUUUGAACU